AUGGCCAAGAUCUCUGUGGGCAACAAGUACCGCAUGUCGCUCGCUCUCCCAGCGGGUGCGGUCAUUAACUGCGCUGACAACUCUGGCGCCAAGAACCUGUAUGUGAUUGCUGUGUUCGGUGCUGGCGCUCGUCUGAACCGUCUCCCUGCCGCCUCGGCUGGUGACAUGUUCGUGGCAUCCGUCAAGAAGGGUAAGCCUGAGCUGCGUAAGAAGGUUAUGCCAGCUGUGGUCGUGCGUCAGCGCAAGCCAUGGCGCCGUGGAGACGGUGUUUUCCUGUACUUCGAGGACAACGCCGGUGUCAUUGUGAACCCCAAGGGUGAAAUGAAAGGCAGUGCCAUUACAGGCCCUGUCGCGAAGGAGUGCGCUGAUCUCUGGCCGCGUAUUGCUUCGAACGCCGGCACGGUCGUCUAA